AUGAGCACCACAGAAACCACCGAUCCGUUCGACCGGGCGGCAUAUCUCGGCCGCAUCAACCUGACCGAGGAGCAAAUCCAGGCGUGCCCGCCCCAGUCCUUCGAGCUGCUCAAUCUGCUCCUGUCGAGCCAUCAAUAUGCGAUCGCCUACGAGAAUCUGGCGGCAUGCGGGCAUAUCGAGCCGCAGACCUCGCAUGUCCCCUUUCCCGGGAUCCGAGUCUCGCUGAACCCGAACCACAUCUUCAAAAAGCUUGUCCUGGACCAUCGUGGCGGCUACUGUUUCGAACAAAACAUCCUCUUUGCUCGAGCCUUGGCCGAGUUUGGCUUCACCAGCAUCCAGACCGCCGCCGCCAGGGUCUCGAUCACCACCCGCAACUAUGUCGAUUCAUCCCAGGGCCUCGAGCCCGAGCCUGUGCCGCUCUUGAGCAAGACUCAUAUGAUCCUGCUCGUCAAAGUCGCCGAUGGCCGCACCUAUCUCAGCGAUGUCGGAUUCUCGGGGGCUGGCCAGCCUCGUGGUCCGAUCGAACUGGUCCCGGAUGUCGAGACGUUCUACCCCGACAGCGGCGACCGGUACAAGUUGCGGAAGGCCAACCUGAAGAGCGCUAGCCAACAAUCCCCUGACGACUGGAUUGCUCCUAAAUGGCUGUCAGACCACCACUCUGUCCUUCCCGAGGACGAUGCCAAGGAGUCGGUGUUCUGGUUCCUUCAAUACAGCCCCUCGGUUGGCCGACCCUUCUACGAGAUGUACCUGUUCUCGUCCGACUCUGUGAUGACCCGAAUGGACUAUGAAACCUCCAACUGGUUCACGUCGACCUCACCCUACUCGCCCAUCACCAAUGGGGUCAAGUGCUCCAUCAAUACCCCUACAGGGCGUAACAGCAUGGUGGACUCAGUCUGCAAGAUCCGCGCAAAGGGCAAGGACGUCGUCGAGAUCCAAAUCGUCGAUAAUGCCCACAGAGCCCGAGUUCUGCGUGAAUACUUCAACAUCCAUGUCUGA